AGGGACACCCAAACAAGCCCUGACCGCGGUCUGUCUAUGUGCAACCCUGCCUUUUCUUCUUCCAUUAACCCCUAGCGUGCUCCCUCCCCUGCCCCCGCCUCCCACCGCACCCCGUGGCGACGACUGGGCGGCCGUCGCUGCCGCCCUACGCCAGUUGCCGAGGUCUUCUUCGGGCCCUUACACGGCGACGAGCACCACCAGAUACUCUGAGCCUGGGUGCUGAAAGUUCCUUCUGGAGUUCGUUACAUUAGGAUUCGUUUUUGAUGACUUCAUCAAGAAGCAACAGCAGGAGCAGAAGUAGGAGCCGCAGUCGCAGCAGGAGCAGGAGCCGCAGUCCUCGGCGAAGAGAUAGGUUGCGCAGUGAACGUGCACCCCGCCGUAGUCGCAGUCGCAGCAGGAGCCGCAGCCCACACCGUCGCAGAGAACGGCGUGGCUACAGGGAUCUUGUAUGCAAGAACUGCCGGAGACCUGGGCACUUCGCUAAGGAGUGCCCAUCUGCGCCUACGUGCAAUAACUGUAACCUUCCAGGCCACUUUGCAGCAGAAUGCACCUCACAAACUAUUUGCUGGAACUGCAAAGAGUCUGGGCACAUUGCCAGUGAGUGCAAGAAUGAGGCCCUGUGCCACACCUGCAACAAGACAGGCCACUUGGCACGUGAUUGCCCUACUUCAGGGGCUAACGUUAAGCUAUGCAACAAAUGUUUUAAACCAGGCCACUUCGCUGUUGACUGCACCAAUGAACGGGCCUGCAACAACUGCCGUCAGCCAGGGCACAUAGCUCGGGAGUGCAAGAAUGACCCGGUUUGCAACCUGUGCAAUGUCUCUGGCCAUGUUGCCCGCGUCUGUCCAAAGACGACUCUGGCUUCAGAGAUACAGGGUGGCCCAUUCCGUGAUAUCCUUUGCCGCAUCUGUGGUCAGCCAGGGCACAUCAGCCGCAACUGCAUUGCAACCAUCAUCUGUGACACAUGCGGUGGGAGGGGGCACAUGUCUUAUGAGUGCCCGUCGGCCAGGAUAUUCGAUCGCGGGCUCCGCAGGUUCUGAGCUUUUUUGCCGAGGGCUCCGCUUUGUUCUGAUGGUUGAGUUUCGUGAGGACCGAGGAUGUUUCAUUUGUUUCUGACAAUAUUGGAACAGUUUUCCUUCUGAGGGACGAUUCUGUAGGAUGUGUUGCGGGUGAAACUCCUUUUUCCCUUUUAAUCAGGAUAUAUAGCCCUUUGUGGGGGGGCUCAAACAGUGCUGUAACGGAUCAAGUGAAAAUUGCCAGGUCAUGGUUAACUUUGUGCUCAUUCUCUGUUACCUUCUGAGCACUUGUUUUCCAUACUCUGUUUCACACUUAUACUAUACUGUAACGUCAUGUAGAGCUGUGAAAUUUCUAUUGUGACA